AUGACAAGUCAAGAUCUAACGCAACAACAACAAGGAUUUUUUAAAAGAUGUGAAGAAUGUUAUAAUUUAAUACAAGAUUUUUUAAAUGAUUCAUUAAAAACAGAUUUAGUACCGAAAAGACAUAAAGGUUAUAAAUAUGAUUCAAAUUUAAGAUCAUCUGUAAAAUUAAAAAUUAAAUCAAGUAUGGAAAAACUAGAGAAAUCUAUUGAUCUACACGGAUUAAAAGAAAUUGCAAUAUCAUAUAAUGGAGGUAAAGAUUGUUUAGUUAUGUUAAUAUUAUUAAUGGCAACCAUAUAUAAAAAAUUUAUAACAAAUCAUGAAACAAAUUUUUAUUCAAAUGACAUGAUACCAAAAGAUUAUAAAUUAGAUUCAAUAUUUAUAAAUUCAGAAAUUUCAUUUCCUGAAUUAAUUGAUUUUAUCAAGGAAUCAACUCAAUAUUAUUAUUUAAAUCCAAUAAUAAUAAAAGAUAAUUUAAAAUCAGGAUUUCUUAAUUAUUUAAAUAAUAUAAAUAAAAGUAUAAAAUCUGUUAUAGUUGGGAUAAGAUAUAGUGAUCCUUUUGGUUCAAAUUUAAAAUUAGAACAAAUUACUGAUCAUAAUUGGCCAAAAUUUUUAAGAAUUCAUCCAAUUUUAGAUUGGAAAUAUAUUGAAAUUUGGGAUUUUUUAGUGGGAACAAAUAUAAAUUAUUGUAAAUUAUAUGAUGUGGGGUAUACUAGUUUAGGAGGUAUUAAUAAUACUUUACCAAAUCCAAAAUUAUUAAUAACUGAUUCUGACCAUAAAAAUAAUGAAAAUAACGAUCAAAACAAUAACAAUGAUGCUGAUGAGAAUGAUGAUAAUGAAAAGAAAUAUUUACCUGCUUAUAUGCUAAGGCAUGAUGCUGACGCUUUAGAAAGAUUAGGUAGAAUUAAAAGUACUUAA